CGCAUCAACAUCCAGCGCCCUGGUGGCGGUGUGGGCUUUGGAGGCGGCGGAGGCGCGCAGCCAGAGCCUGCGGCUGAGAUGCCGCUGAGCGCCGCUGGCAUCCUGAGUUCCUCUUCCAACAGGUCGAGGAAUAAAACUCGCUAUCGGACCAAAGCCGUGAGCUCCGAGGUGGACGAGAGCCUCUUCGGAGGUGUCAAGCCUCUGACCCAGGACAACAGUCCUACCGUGCUGCUCCGAGAUAAGCACGCCAUUCGGAAGACUCUCGCUGCCCUGAGCUUGGACCACAAGCCGGAGACCAUCCAGGUCGUCACCCGGGACAUGGUCCGGAAACUCAUUGUUCCCGCCAAGGAUCCCUCGGGGGAGUCCCUCAUCAUGAGCCCUGAGGACUUUGAGCGCAUCAGGUGGGCGUCCCACGUCCUGAGCAGAGAAGAGCUGGAGGCCAGGGAGCAGGCCUUCCAGAAGGAGAAGGAGGCCAUCAUGGACGCAGUGGCCACACGUAAGAAGAUCAUGAAGCACAAGGAGAUGGUGUGGAGAACCAACAGGAAGCUCAGCGACCUGGAGGAGGCAGCCAAGGAGAGGGCCCAGGACCUGCUGCAGAGAGCCAGCCAGCUGCAGGCCGAGCAGGAGGAGGAGCUCAGGGGCAUGAGCAAGAUCAUCCUCAAUGCCAAGUGCCAUGCCAUCCGGGAUGCCCAAAUCCUGGAGAAGCAGCUGAUUCAAAGAGAGCUGGACGCGGAGGAGAGGCGUUUGGAUCACAUGAUGGAGGAGGAACGGCAGAAGGCCGUUCAAAGGCAGGAGGAGCUGGACAGGAAGAGGAGGGAGGAGAGAAUCCGGGGCAGACGACACAUCGUGCAGCAGAUGGAAAAGAACCGGGAGGAGCGGUCGCUGCUGGCGGAGCAGCGGGAGCAGGAGAAGGAGCAGGUGCUGGCGUCCCUGCAGCAGCUCCAAGAGGAAGAUCUGCGGGACAUGGAACGAAGGCACCAGGAAAAAUUGAAGAUGCAAGCCGAGAUUAAGCGCAUUAACGACGAAAACCAGAGACAGAAAGCAGAGCUGCUCGCCCAGGAGAAGCUGGCGGACCAGAUGGUGAUGGAGUUCACCAAGAAGAAGAUGGCUCGAGAGGCAGAGUUUGAGGCUGAGCAGGAGAGAAUCCGGAGGGAGAAAGAGAAGGAGAUCACCCGGCUGAGGGCCAUGCAGGAGAAGGCGCAGGAUCACCAGGCACAGCAGGAUGCCUUGCGGGCCAAGCGCAACCAGGAGGUUGCGGACAGGGAGUGGCGCAGGAAGGAAAAGGAAAACGCGCAGAAGAAGAUGGAGACAGAGGCCAAACUGCGCCAGAGCCGGCUGGAACAGGUGGCUUUCAAGGAGCACGCUCUGGCCGUUCAGGUGCAACGGGACCGGGACGAUUUCGAGAGGAUUCUUCGGGCUCAGAGAGAGCAGAUCGAGAAGGAGCGGCUGGAGGCGGAGAAAAAGGCGGCGGGGCGCCUGCGGCACGCGGACGAGCUCCGGCGCCAAGUGCGCGAGAACCAGCAGAAGCAGGUGCAGGACCGCAUCGCCACCUUUGAGGAGGGCCGGCGUCUCCAGGAGGAGGCCCAGAAGCGGCGCGAGCGCAUCGAUGACCUCAAGAAGAAGAAGAUCCAGGAGCUGAGAGCCACCGGCCUCCCUGAGAAGUACUGUGUGGAAGCCGAGCGCAAAGCCAACAUCCUGCCAGCCGCCUCUGUGAACUGAGGGGGGGGGGGGGGCUCCGUGUCCCCGGGGACGCCUGCAAGGGGACAGGCUCUGCCCAGUCUCUGGGCGUCCAUGACUGCCGCUAGCCUAGACAUUUUAGAGGUACAGAUUAAAUUUAUCCCACUUCUUUAA